CAUGCACCCACACACACACCAAGAUGGCCUCCGCAUCGCCUUGCCGCCGUCUCACGCCGCAGACCUUUGCUGCCGUGUUCCUCCUCAUGUCAGGUGGCGGCGUUCCCGUUUCCUGUUUUAAAGUGACCGAAGGUGGCGUGGCGUCCCUCUCCUGUCAGUACUCUGUGCAGCGUUAUGGCCUGAGUCGGGUAUGCUGGGGCCGCGGCUGCGGGACCCUCUGGUGCAGCAACAUCCUGAUCCAGACUGACGAGAACGGUGUCAUCUCCAAGACGGAGGAGCGCUACCGGAUGACGGGUGAUGUGCUGGAAGGCCAGAUGGACCUGGACAUCGCGGAUGUGAGGAGAAGCGACAGCGGCCCGUACUGCUGCAGGGUGGACAUUGACGGGAUCUUCAACGACAAGAAGGUGAUCAUGAACCUGCGGGUGGUCAAAGCUUCGAUCAACAGACCUACAACGGGGUCGUCAUCUUCAACAAUAUCGACGACGACAGCAAAAGUAACAGAGGCUUCGACUUCCGGGGUUAUCAGGAAAACACAGCAGUUGCCUCAGCUGGACAAGAGGAACUCAACAGUGCUGCACUCCACCACCAUCGCAGUGCUCAAUCCUCCAGCGUCGCUGUCUCUUCACAUCAGUGUUCCUGUCCUGUCACUCUCCCUCACCGCGCUGAUAACGGUCGCCGCUGUUUUCCUCUCUCUGGCCUUCAGGCGUGGGUUAUACAGACCGGGUUUAAGGAGUGGCUGUUUUUCCAGCGAGGAACCUCCUCAUAUUAUCUACGAGAUCAGGAUGAGAAGACCAGUUCAGGAGAACAUCUACACUCUUGACUAGUCUCCAUCACCUCAUGUCAAUUGGAAUGAAUUUGAAUGACAUCGACAUC